AUGGGGAAAAACAACCCCAGUUACAGGAUGAUCCCCAGCAAGAGGGCUCGUGUCAAAUGUCCUUGUUCAUUGACUAUCCAGCAUGGGCUCGCAGUGGGCAGCCUGUCCUGGGCCACUUGCCUGGAUGAGGCUGUGGAGCUGCUGGGCAGGUCAGUGGCCCUCUGGGCUGGCAGGAUGAGGCUGGGGAUCUUCAGGAUCUUUCUAGUGCUUAUCCAUGUGUCAGUAGCCUGUGAGUUCGGGCCUUUCCCUUACAGUGUCACAGGGAUCGUCUGCAGGAUGACCAAGCCUGCGGCGUUGCUGCUGAACCAGGAAACAGCACAGGUCAUUCAAGCAGCAUUCAGAAAUGCCAAGUUCCCAAAUAUCACUGGGGAAAGGUCCAUGCGGCUCCUCGGCAAGGUGGCUUAUGGGCUGACCAACAUACAGGUAAAUGAUUUGUCCAUUGAGCAGAGUGAGGUGGAGCUCAAGGAGAACGAUGCCAUUCACAUUGCCAUUAAAAAUGUGACAGCCAUCUUCAAAGGGACCCUGAACUACGGCUAUUCUGGGGCCUGGUUUUUGCAGCUUUUUCAUUCAGUUGAUUUUGAAAUUGAGUCUUCCAUUGACCUGCAGAUAAACAUUAAGCUGAUGUGCCAGAAGGACCAAGUGGCUGCUGAUGCCUCGGACUGCUACCUGACUUUCCACAAACUCAUGUUUCACCUGCAAGGAGACAAGGAACCGGGCUGGCUGAAGCAGCUCUUCACAGAUUUAAUCUCCUUCACUUUGAAGUUUGUUCUCAAGAGUGAGGUGUGCAACGAAAUCAAUUUUCUUGCCCAGGUGCUGGCAAAUUUUGUACAUGAUUUAGCAGAAAAUUUUGUCCGGGAUGAAGGUAUCAGCGUUGAUAUCUCCCUUGCAUCAGUUCCUUUAAUAAAAGCAAAUUACCUAGAAUCCCACCACAAGGGCCUCGUCCUGUACAAGAACUACUCCGAUGUCUUCACUGACUCUGUUUUCUCUCCGUCGCUGCUGACUGAGUCCCGGAUGCUUUAUUUCUGGCUGUCUGAACACAUUCUCAACUCUCUGGCUUUGGCAGCUUUCUUAGACAACCGCCUGGAAUUGACCAUCAGAGGAGAUGAGUUGCAGGCGCUGUUUGAAAUGGAAGAUACAGAAGCACAACGGAAUGCGGUGCAGAUGAUUUUUCAAGGCACCUCCUAUAAUGACUCUGUGGCCAGGGUGUGGAGUCUUGCCCAUCCCCAAAUCUCUGUUCAGCCUGAAGGGACAGUCGUGAAGUCCUUGGUAGCAGUAGAGGUCAGCACCCUUCCCAUGGGAGAAGAGUCCCUGAUGGUUCUGUACAUGGAGAAGGAAAUCACGGUCACCAUCCAAGCUGCCUAUGCAGAAAAGAAACUCAUUUUGCACCCUUUGGACUCCAGGAUAGAGUUUAAAGUCUUUAACUGCACAGCUGAUCCAAGUGAGAAUGACCCAUCCAUAAGAAACUUCCUGCAGACAAUGAUCUCGGUUGUUGGGAUCCCAGAAGUGAUUUCAAGGAUUGAACCAGCUUUGACUUCACUGAUGAACAGCAAAGGGCUUCAUCUAUUUGAGAUCAGAAAUCCUGAGAUCAUCACAAGAAAGGGAUACAUAAUUGUACAACUUGACUUUAGCUUCCCGAAUCAUUUGCUUCUGGAUUUUCUUCAGAAUAGAUUAUAA